AUGGAAUCAGUAGGUGAUGACUGCUUUAAUGAGUUAUUAUCUAGAUCCUUAAUUCAAAAAGACAAUGCCAUUGCAGAGGAAAAUUUUCGAAUGCAUGACCUCAUCUAUGAUUUAGGUAGACUUGUGGCUGGAAGAAGUUCUUACUACUUUGAUGCUAGAGAAAUCCCAAGAACUGUUCGCCACAUAUCAUUUCUCAGAGAGAUGUUUGAUGUCUCUGAGAAGUUCAAGGGCUUGUAUGAGUUGAAGUGUUUGCGGACCUUUCUACCACGAUUGGCAUAUCCUUCUGAACCAUGUUACUUAACCAAAAUGGUAUCACAUGGUUGGUUACCAAAACUAAGAUGUUUGCGAAUACUUUCAUUGUCUAGAUACAUAAAUAUCACUGAGUUGCCUGAUUCGAUUGGAAAUUUGUUGCACUUGAGGUAUCUGGAUCUUUCCUACACUUCCAUUGAAAGCUUGCCCAACGGAACAUUUAUGCUUUACAAUUUGCAAACUUUGAUAUUAUCAAAUUGUGAAUCACUUAUUCAAUUGCCACAGCAGAUAGGAAAUCUGAUUAACUUGCGCCACCUUGACAUCAGUGGCACUGGCAAGCUUUCCAUUAUGAACCUGCAAAAUGUUGUCAAUCCUGUGGACGCUUUUCAAGCCAAUUUAAAGAACAAAGAACAAAUCGAGGAACUUAUCCUAGAAUGGGCCAUUGAUCCACAAGAACAGCAGAUUGAAAAAAGAUGUACUUGA